AUAUUUUAAAUGUCUUCUUCAGCAAAGAGGAAUUGAGGAAGGAGGCUUGCUUUGCAGGCCGGUUUCCACUUUAAGAUUCUUUCCAUUUAUUUUUUGGCUUGUUGACUACUGAGAAGUUGAGGUUUCAGAUAGGAAAAUUCCUUCAACAGCCGCACUUUUUCUCUCUCUAGUUUCUAGUAUCGAGCCGGUGGUGGUGACUGGUUAGUGUUGUGGUUUUUGGUUGGGGUUUUAGGUCUGUAACUGGGGCAGCCAUGGUGAGGAAACAUGGUUGGCAACUACCUGCACACACCUUUCAGGUGGUUGCAAUCACUGUCUUCUGCUUGCUAGUGGUGGCAUUUUAUGCUUUCUUUGCCCCUUUUGUUGGAGGACGCAUUUGGGAGUAUGCUUUGAUCUCUGCUUAUUCUCCAGUGGCACUCCUUGUCUUUAUUCUGUAUGUUCGGUGUACUGCAAUAAAUCCUGCAGAUCCUGGAAUAAUGUCUAAAUUUAAUGGAGUAGCAAAUAGACCUGUUCCAAAUCAUGCAAUGAAGGACCUACCGGGAAAAUUUGAUGAAAUUGGUGGUCGUCUGCAUUCUUCUCCUUCAACGGCAUCCAGAGGUUCCAUAAACUCUAGUAAAAAAGGGGCAAGAGGAGAUAGUGGGAGCAUAGAUACCGUAGCCAAAAGAUCCUGUUAUGGUGGGAUAUUCUGUGCAUUGUUUGUCCAUGAAGAUUGUCGUAAACAGGAAGGUGCAGCUGAAGAACAGGGAAUUGGUGAAGAUGCUUUGUUCUGCACAUUGUGCAAUGCUGAGGUGCGGAAGUAUAGUAAACACUGUAGAAGUUGUGAUAAAUGUGUGGAUGCUUUUGAUCACCAUUGCCGGUGGCUUAACAAUUGUGUGGGACGCAAAAAUUAUGUGACUUUCAUCUCUCUCAUGGCUAUCAGUCUUGCUUGGCUUAUUAUUGAAGCUGGAGUGGGCAUUGCUGUGCUAGUGCGAUGCUUUGUUAAUAAGAGAAGUAUGGAGACUCUAAUCAUUGAUAGACUUGGAAACGGUUUCUCUCGUGCUCCAUUUGCAACAGUUGUGGCCAUAUGUACUGCAGUUUCAGUUCUGGCUUGUGUACCAUUGGGUGAACUUUUCUUUUUCCACAUGAUAUUGAUUAGAAAGGGCAUAACAACAUACGAGUAUGUUGUAGCAAUGAGAGCUAUGAGUGAAGCACCUGGUGGAGCGUCUGUAGAUGAGGAGCUGCCAAAUGUGCUAUAUUCUCCAACAGGAUCUACCACAACUGGCUUGAGUGGUGGAAGUUCUUUGGGUCUUCACUACAAGGGAGCAUGGUGUACCCCGCCUAGAGUAUUUGUGGAUUAUCAGGAUGAAGUGAUACCUCACUUGGAGCCUGGAAUGGUCCCAUCAACUGUUGAUCCAGACGCAGCUGGAGUUGAAAGAGGGCCAAGGGGGACCAAAAGGCCUGUUCGUAUUAGUGCAUGGAAGCUUGCAAAGUUAGAUUCCAAUGAGGCCAUGAGGGCAGCUGCCAAGGCCAGAGCAUCCUCCUCUGUUUUGCGCCCUGUUGACAAUCGUCGUUUACCAGAUUCUGAAUUUAGCUCUAGCGGCAAUGUCAGUGUCAGAAGUAGUACAAGUGCAGAUACAGGAGCCAAUAAAGAGAUCAAGAAUGAUUUGAAAAUGUCACCCUUGAGAAAUUCUUUUCCUCCAAGUCAAGGUAGCAGGGAUGAGUAUGAAACUGGGACUCAAAGUGUGAGUAGCUUCAGCAGUCCAAGUCACAUUCAUGAGCCCGUCACACUUAGCCCUCUACCACAAUCUCAUGCUGCUCCAGGCCGUUUUAGUGCAGCUACAUCAAUUCCUGAUCAUUCAGUAGCUUCUAGGGCCGCUUUCCCAAGCAUCAGUAACCCAGUAAAGCAUACUUCAUUGGGAUUUGAUGAAAAGAUAAUGCAAAAAGGAAGCAUUAGUGAUCCAUUGCUUCUCUCAGCCCCUGCUGCUUCUCUUCUCAGAGAUGUCAGAAGGACAUCUGUUGUGUGGGAUCAAGAAGCUGGGAGGUAUGUAUCAGUUCCUGUAUCAGCAUCAGAAGCUCGGAACAGAUCAGUCAUGCAGACA